AUGUUCCGAUCGGCGGUGAGAAGGGUAGCGACGGCUGCAGCGGCUGCGGCUGCGGCGGCGGGUGCUUUGAGCUCGCCUCUUGAGUCUCUCAGUCACAGGGUUUCCUCUGUUCGUCCACCGGCCGCGGCUGUCAUCGGCGCCCUUAGAUCUUUUGGAGGCAGCGGCCUCGAUGACUCGCAGCGACAGCAGCAGAAGCAGCGUCAAACUGCCCAGCAGAUGAUACAGUACACUCUUGGCCUGGCUCGAUCUCAAAAGUCAGGUUCGCUCUUUGUCUCUCUUAGACGGCUUUGUACUUCGCGAAUUGAGCAAAAUCUCGUCUCCCACUCUGUUCGAAGUGUGAAUAAUUAUUCUUUUCUUGAAAUUUAUUUUCCUCGCACACCUCACUGAGAAUUGAAUCUGUAGCGGACUCGUACGCACAGGCGUUACUGGUGCUUGAGCAGGGGCUCUCCAAUCUGCACGCAGGGAGCGGGGAAGGAAGUGACGAUGCCGUGGGAAUGCUCUUGAUUGCCAUGUCCACUUUGCUUCAUGAGAGGUUCAGUUUCUUAAAUAGAUGAAAUCUCCCGCCCGUCAUUAAUCACCUCGCUAGCUCGAUUUCCAUCAGCUUUUUUGCUUUUUUCACCUCCUUUCUCUUCUUCCUUUUUUCUUAUACCAGAGGGGAGAUUAACGAUGCCAUGGAGAAGCUACAGAUGAUUCAUCAGUUGGAGCACUGCUCUCCUGUUACCCGAGGUAAGUUUCGUAUGGCUAAGUUUAGACUCCUGAUAUGAAUGUCGUAUCUUUCCCUUCACUUCAAAAAGUUUUUAAUCCAUAAAAUUAUGCAUGAUUUUUCCCUGUCAAUCUACGGUACACUCUGAUUUCAUAAGAACCUGAAAAAACGUCUCCACAUAAACAGAUGACGGCAUGUAAUCCAUGCUUUUGUGUAAAAUUUGUUGCAGUUGCUGCAUGGGAAGGUUUGGUGGGUCUCAAUUUGGAGCUUGGGGAGGUCUGUAGUCAAUUUUGCGUUCAGUUUUGUUCUUUCUAUACGCAGAACCACUGAAAAUUACUUUCCUGCAGGACGAUUCUUCCUCAAUUCUUUCUGAUGAAUGUUUGGAAGUACUGAGAAACAAUAGAGAAGAAGAUGCACCUAUGUCAAAUAUAUUAUAUCUGCGGGCUAAAGCCAUCAGGGGGCUUGUCGACAUGGUUCGUGGGGACCUUCAGUCAGGUUUGGACAAUCCUUUACCAGCCUACAUUCGUUUAUUGUGUUCCAGGGAAAUUGACUUGAAGCCUCUGUGCCAGCUGAGUUGAACUUUAGUGAAUGCGAGGACUGUGAGUCAACAGAGGGAAAAUAUCGUUGUGGUUAGUUUUCCACUAAUUAGUUGACCUGUAUUUUUUUUCCCUAUCCUAAAUAGACCAGUUUUUGAUUUUCAGGAAACCUUGCACUAUCAUGUGGUGAAUUUUUACAUGCAACUGGAAAUGUUUCAUUAGCAAAAGACUUUUAUGAGAGAGCGCUUCAGAUAUCCGAGGCAAAUGGUGGAAUCGAAUUCUCUUCAUUGGCAGCCGCUAACAUGGUUCCUAAUGAAGUGUCCUUGGGUGCCACAUGUGCACUUGGACAACUUUUAAUGCAUUCAAGGUAUCUUUGUGGUUAGUGUUAUUUCUCCUGUUUUAUGUGAGCCUCGUUAACUUUAUUGAUAUAAUUACGCUUGCUCUCUAGUUUUUACAUCAUAGGCAUGACGGAUAUUCCUGUGUAUUCUAUCUCUAUUAUUUAUCAUCUCGUACUUGGUGAGUAUCAAUAAUAGUCACGAAAAAUCAGCGGGGACGUAGCAACUAGUUUCUUAUUUUUUUAUAUGGAAAGUGUGGUGGAACUUGCACUGUUCUGAAAUUUAAGCAAUGAAUGUUGUUUUUACUUAUGAGUUGAAUUGUAAACUUAUUUCCCAUUCCAUUUUAGAAUAUAUAUUGUGAAUUUUUGGUGGUUGGAAUAAAGGUGUAGAAAUGAACUUAACACCGAAUAGAUUGGAUAUGCUUACUCUAAUAUGUGUAUCUCUUUUUAGUCUCCAAUUACGGCACACCUUCGAAACAAAAUUAUUUAACGAAAUCUGAAUAGAUUGUAUAAUGUUUUCUCCUAUCGGCUGAAAUUUUGUCGUCUUUGUAACUUUCUCAGAGAUUUUCAGGGUGCGGAAGAGCUUUUGACGAAGGCACUGAACAAGGCUGAAGAUAUUUUCGGUUUGUUUUUCUCUAAAAGAAUGAUCCCCAUUGUUCUUCGCAACUUAUACUCAUUAAAGUUAUCUAGGAACCAUUUAGAAGAGACUAAUAUAUUAUCAUGACUUUCUUGACAACGUUAGGUUCAAAUCAUCCAAAAGUUGGAGUCGUCUUGACUUGCAUAGCUAUGAUGUUUGGGCAGAAGGCAAAGAUGGAGCGUUCAAGUUCACUGCUAAUCCAAGAGGUUUAGUCGUCAUCCAUCAAAUUUAUAGCCAGUGGCACGGAAUUCAUGACUUGUUUCCUCUAGCCAUAAAGGAGAAUCGCUUAGGCUUGCCAGGAAACUGAUUGAAUUGUUAGAUUAGGGCUUUAAACUCUCAUUCCUGGGUUCCAUGGCCGUCUGAAUCUUCUAACUUGAUAUACAUACAUUUUUCAGGGACUCUAUAGAAGAGCCAUCGAUUAUCUGAAGGCUCCAGCUUCGAUUAAUGAAGGUGUAUCCCCAUUCUUUGUUAUUGGACCGCGCCCUUUCCAUAUGUAUAUUCCUUUGAAUUAAAGCCAUUUCUUUUAUUCUGUAAACGCAGAUAGCAAUGGGCAAGAUCAGAGAAGAGACAUAAUUGCUCUUGCAAGAGGUAAGAUUAGAUGAUGUGGUAUAAUUAUUUUUCGUAACCAUGACUCUGAUCUUAGAAUCUGGUGGUUUUAUUAUCUUUGCGUCUUCAUUUGGGUACAAAUAACCGAAAGCUUGAAAAUCUCUAAAAAUAGGCCUCUAGCUAGAACUUUAUGAAGCCUUGGCCUUGGCCCUAGAGAAGCCCAUUCCAGUCUGAGAAGGUAGGGGGGAGAGAGAGGGAGAGGGGUAAGUGUGUAUUUGUGGGCGGAGAGAGAGAGAGAGAGAGAGAGACAGAGACAGACAGAGACAGAUAGACAGAUAGACAGACAGGGGGACAGAAUGUCGGGGAACAUGAGGUAGCCAUGUGGCAAGAUACCAUGGGCUCCAAGAUUUUGGUGGGACCCUGCUGAAGAACUGACCAGUUUUUUUUUUUUUUUUGGAUUUGAUUAUUGGUAACCAUGCCCAAAAGAAAAAAUGCUGUGUAUAAAUCUGGGUUUCUCCUUGCCGUUGGCGUCCCUAUGUCAUGUUUGUUCUUUCCAAAUUUGUUCACCAUUAUGCAUGAGCUUUACACAUACAAACAGAUACUGCAUACGAAAUGGAAUUAAUUGAGGAACUUGAAAAAACUGAGAGAGUUGAUUCUUUAGGAAUUUUUGAAGAAUUUCUCCAGAGACCGGAGUAUUUGAGACCAAUUGAUUUUUUAGUAUCCAACAUCGUAUAAUCAACCAGAAAUCAUCAAAGCAUUUUAACACCAAGAGGUACCAUUUCUUCUAUGGAUCGCUUUCUUUUAAGGUGGAUACGCGGAGAUCCUCUGCGUUCAACAAAGCAGGAAGGAGGAAGGAGAGAGACUGAGGAGGCUGGCGGAGAGCCAGUGGAGGAACCCUCGCCUCUCCCUCGGCCAAGCCCUGGAGAUAUCAGAGCCUGCCAAGGCUGCCAUCGUGGAUACCCGCAUCAGCAGAAUCUUGUAA